AUGGUGCUGGGGUCAACGUGCUCUUCAGUGACGGAGAUCACAGCAAGUGUAGCCAAUCUUUCAGGUCUGCAACAGAUCUCUUACUCAGCCGUCUCUCCCCUGCUCUCAUCCAAACAAUUGUUUCCAAACUUCUUCCGAGUGAUGACCCCAGAACAAAGUUUGACUGUAGCACGAGUGAAACUAUUCAAGGAAAUGGGCUGGACCAGAGUCCACAGUGUCUAUGAAGAUCAAAAACUGUUCUCCUCGCUCGAUGAAUUCAUGAAGCAAGAAUUAAUACUUGCAGAUAUUGAGGUGGUCAGUACUCAAAUGUUUACCACUAACCCAGAAAUUUGUGCAGACAAUUUAAAAAAAAAUGACGCCCGAAUUAUUAUUGGAAGUAUGUAUGAGGAUAAAGCCAAGAUGUUGUUAUGUGCGAUUUAUAACAAUACACCGGAAGCAGAGAGACCUAAUGCUUGGUACAAGAAAAUUGUAUGGCUACUGCCUAGUAUGUUUUUCAAACAUUGGAUGGACGUAGGAGGCAACGGCAUUUCCUGUACUCCAGAUCAGAUUCAAGAGGUACUGGGCAAUUACUUCACCAUUGGGUCACAGACACUCACCAAAGACAGUAGUUAUGUUCCUUUUAGUGGAAUUACAGACUUCAAUAUACUCCUAAAUGGUACAAUACUUUACAACUCUGUUCAAGACGUGUUGCCAAGCGACUUGAAAAAAUACUUUGAUAGAGAUUCCUUUUACUUGGACGGCUCCCUCUCAGGCCAGCACAGAGCCCCCCAGGCCUAUGACGCUGUGUGGGCCAUAGCCUUGGCUCUGAACAACACGUUGACCUACUUGAAACAAACAAAUGACAGCAGACGACUAGAAAAUUUUACUUACAACGACUCACAGUUUUCCCGCCUUUUGCACGAAGGCAUGAAAAACGUGACAUUCAAGUCUCUUUCUGGAGACUUCCACUUCAAUCCAAAUGGCGAGCGGGAAAACGUCAUAGCCAUUUCUCAGUAUAACAAAUCAAUAAAUGCUAUUCUCUCCCCUAUUCUUUACUCAUUUGAAGAAAGAUUUAAUCAGUUCAAUAAACGUAACGUGACGCUUAAAUUUCAUCAAAGAACUUUAAAUAUGUUUUUACAAAAGUUAUUAGAAACAAAAAUGUUAUUGGACCAAAGAACUUCCCCUAGAGCAAGAUUUUAUCCAACGAUUUCUUUGUUCUGCUCACACUUGACAGGUAAAGACGGUCAUGAUAAAUACACAGCCAUUGGAAACUGCACCAAGAAGAAUGAUACAGACAGUUGGUCUUGUUUUCUAAACAAAUCAGCCAUCGUGUGGUCUCAGGGUAAAACUCCAGUGGACGGUGUCCAGCAGAAGAUUAAACUAAUCAACAUCAAUUGUAAAUACAGAUACAUCUUUUGGGGCGUUUCUUGUCUUGGUAUCGUGCUGACCUUGGCCUUGCUGGUGUUUAACGUCACAAAGAGGAAACACAGGAUCGUCAAAAUGUCUUCCCCAAGUAUCAACAAUGUAAUUCUGCUGGGAUGUCUGAUGGCCUAUAGUACAGUCUUUAUCAUGGACUACGCCAGGUCGGGAGCUCAUGUCGCAUGUGUUGCUCACACCUUUCUACUCAUCCUGAGUUUCUCUUUGUGUUUUGGCGCUUUGUUUGCCAAGACCUGGAGAGUGUACGAGAUUUUUACCACUGAACUAAAGGUUCUCAAAACAAAGAUGUUGAAAGAUGGCAGUUUAUUUCUGAUAGUGGCGGUACUUGUUAUAGUCAAUAACCUAAUGCUGGUAGGAUGGGUCCUGGCAUCGCCUCAAGCUCCAACGUUGGUUAACAUAAGCACUACCCCAUCGGAGAGUGACAAAGACAUUGAAUAUAUCAACCAGUAUCAAAAAUGUGAUUCUAAAUAUAGACUACAUUUUACGUCUGCUGUCUUGGCUAUUCAAGGAAUCGUCAUUUUGUUUGGCACAUUUCUAGCCAUUCAGACACGCAAGGUCACAUGUCCAGAACUGAACGACUCCAAAUGGAUAGCUCUGUGCAUCUACAACGUGGUCGUCUUGAGCCCCGUCGGCGUCGUGGUUGUCAUGGCAACCUCAGACAAGCCGGAAAUCAACUACGCUCUGGAAGCCAGCAUGGUCACGUUGAUCACCGCCAUGACAGAAUGUUUGAUCUUUGUACCCAAGAUAAUCGCUUACAGAAACCACGAUAAAACCCCUAAAGUGAAUGUCAAGCGUUCAUCUCAGCUCCACGACUUAGCCGUGGUUGAAAGGACAGCCUCGUCCGAAAAUGGGCGCCUCUGUAGACGAUGCGAGGCUUCUCUGGAGAGAGAAGAGGGCAGUGAGCAGUCGUUGACCAGUGGCGUGAAUCAUUCCAAGGUGUUAGACAUCAGAGAGACUGACCUGAUUAGUCUGAAUACCAAACUGUUGUUCAGUUUGGCCCAAAAUCCGAACCUGCGUAAAGUAUUUAAUGUGCAAGUGGAUAAGGUCAUAGCGGAAAUUGACGGAUAUUAGUGUAGUGAUAGAAUAUGUGUAUGUUGAUGUGUGUUUGAUACACAAAUUUAGUUCAGUGACUGUCUUUAGAGAAAAGUCAAUUGCAAAGUCUACAGUUGAGUAAGAGCAGAAUCUUUACUCUCUACUUUUUCCCUAUUUUUAUAUUUUUUGUGACAUUAUUUAAAUAAAAUUAACUACUCUAGUUAUCACGUACUACUCAAUAACAUUUAUUACAAUAUUGAGUCAAAGAAAUUAAAGUCUUAAAAAAUAAAUUUACCUGAGCCCAAAUCUAAAUAUAUUUUUAUUGUACUGUGAAAAGUUUAAGGGAAAUAAUUCAACAAACUGCUGGAUUGCUACUAAGCCGUUAUUGCUCCCCUUGUAUUCUUGGUAAUAUUUAAGAUUUUAAAUAAAAAUAGUCACGUGGGAAAGCUUUAUCCAUAAGGAAUUUAACGUUGCUGUAUUUUUCUUUUAAAAUGUUAUUAGUUACUCUAUAUUGCAUGUGUGUUGGAUAAUUGGAAGACCUUAUUACAUUCUAUAUUUCUGUGAUUCUGUAAAAAUCUAGUGACGUGAUGACAUGACUGGUUCCUAUCAGUGGACUAAGGAAACGUCCCUCUAUUCGUUAUUAUCAGGUCUUGGAGUACAGAUAGUUAUAUAAAAACAAAAACCUGUGGCGAUUAAAAUAACAUUUUGCGA